AUGAGGGAAGGAGAUGUGAAGUACUGGAAAAUUCUGUCCUUCCUUUUUGCCAUUCAGGAGAUCAACCAAGAUUCCCACCUCUUACCCAACCUCACUUUGGGAUAUGACCUCCAAGACAACUUUAGAAACAGACGAAUGACUUUGGAUGGUCUGUUGGACCUGCUUUCAACUGGAGAGGCCAAUGUUCCCAACUACAGUUGUGGAAGGAAGAAAAACAUGCUGGUUCUCCUAGAAGAAGCUGAUUCUGAUAUAUCCAUUCACAUUGCUGCUAUAUUGGGCAUAUACAAAAUAGCACAGAUCAGCUACACUUUUACUUCACCAUCCAUGAAUGAUAAAACUCAGUUUCCUUUUUUCUCCCGGACCGUCCCCAAAGAAGGUUCUCAAUAUUGGGGCAUUAUUAAAUUGCUCCAAUACUUUCGAUGGACGUUCACUGGGGUCUUUGCUGCAGCCACUGAUAACGGAGAACAUUUCAUCAAGACUUUCACUCCUGUGCUGGCACAGAACGGCAUUUGUGUUGUUUUUGCGCAACCCGCCUUACUGAACACCAAGAAUUUUGACUAUCUGAUUUCUGUUUUCCACAAAUGGAGGCAAAUCAAUGUAUUUGUCUACUAUGCAGAAUUUACAUCUUUCUUAGAUGGAAUAAUUAUUACUGAUUAUAUAUUUAAGCUUUUGGGGAAACCUGUUCUAGGGAAAGUGUGGAUCACAACAGCUUUAUGGGACCUCACUAUGGAGAUAAUAUAUAGUGAUAUUCCUUUCAGAUAUACCCGAAGUAUUUUUUCUUUUCUUAUCCAGACAAAGAAAAUGAACAGAUAUGAUGGUUUUAAAUAUUUCUACCGUCUUAUGAGGCAACUCACUCAUAAACAUUUUCAUUGUUCAUAUGCCAAGUCAGCCUUGUCUGUGAAAGGCCAGACAAGGUGUUCAGAGAAAGAGAACUUGGAGACUGCACCUCAAGAGAAGAUUGAAAGGAUCUUCUCUCUAGACAAUUCCUUAACUUACAAUGCCAUCUGGACAGUGGCACAUGCCUUAAAUGCGGCCUAUUCCUCCCAAUCCCCAAGGACAAUAAUGGAGAGAAAAGAUAAGUUGGAAGUUCAAAAGCUUCAGCCAUGGCAGCUCCACCCUUUCCUGAAGAACCCCCAGAUCUACAAUAACACCAUGGAAGGAAUGUAUGCAGAUGGAAAUGGAAAUUUGAUAGCUGACUUUGACAUCCUGAGCUGGGUGUGGUUUCCUAAUAGGUCAGCCACUAGAAUGAAAUUUGGAAGUCUAGCAAGAGAGGAAUCUGCCAGAGUCAAAUUCAGCAUCAACAAGGAAGCCAUGGUGUGGUCCCAAUGGAACAACCAGCUCUGGCCUUACUCCCGGUGUGUGGAGGCUUGUCAGCCUGGAUACUACAAGGUGGUCCAGGAGGGAAAACCAAGUUGCUGUUAUGACUGCAUCCCCUGUGCAGAAGGGAGCAUCUCCACUCAAGAAGAUGCAGACCACUGCACCAGAUGUCCAGAAGAUCAACAUCAGAACAAGAACCGAGAUCAAUGUAUCCCCAAAAUCAUCACCUAUUUGUCCUAUCAGGAGAAUUUGGGGGUCAUCCUUACCUCCUUUGCCGUCUUCCUAAUCUUAACCUCAAGUUUUGUCUUGGGAAUCUUCAAUAAAUAUGGAGAAACUCCCAUUGUCAAGGCCAACAACCAGGAUCUCUCCUAUGUUCUCCUGGUCUCCCUACUGCUUUCUUUCUGCAUCUCCUUCCUUUUCAUUGGUCAGCCAAGGAGAGCCACUUGCCUUCUUCGACAAACAGUCUUCAGCAUCAUCUUCUCAAUUGCCGUCUCUUCUGUCUUGGCCAAAACGAUCAUGGUGGUGCUGGCUUUCCUAGCCACAAAGCCAGGGAACAGAGUGAGGAGAUGGUUGGGGAAAGGUUUGGCCAAUUCCAUCGUCCUUUCCUGUUCUAGCAUCCAGGUCAUUCUUUGUUCCAUCUGGUUAGGAGUCUUUCCCCCAUUCCCUGGUUCUGACAUGCAUUCACAGUCUGGAGAGAUCAUUCUGCAAUGCAAUGAAGGCUCCACUGUCAUGUUUUACUGUGCUCUCACCUACAUGGGCUUCCUGGCCACCAUCUGCUUCAUGGUGGCUUUCCUAGCCAGGAACCUUCCUGGGGCCUUCAAUGAAGCCAAGCUGAUCACCUUCAGCAUGCUAGUCUUCUGCAGUGUCUGGAUAUCCUUUGUACCCACCUACUUGAGCACCAAGGGGAAAUACAUGGUGGCUGUGCAGGUCUUCUCCAUCUUGGCUUCCAGUGCUGGCCUGCUGGGAUGUAUCUUCAUCCCCAAAUGCUACAUUAUUUUACUAAGACCAGAUCUAAAUACAAAAGAGCAGCUAAUAUUGAAAAAUGAAAUAGGAAGCCAAUUCUGA